AUGCAGCGGAAGGCGGCGGCGUCGCCGGGGCUUCUCUGCGUCCUCCCAUGGCGAGUAACCGGAGCUGCUUGGGCGUGUCGACUUCACUCCAUACUCACCUCUAGCGACUCCCACGAUCCUCCCUUCUCCUCCGUCCCGGAGAAGCCCCCGCCGGCGAGGAUCAAGCGAAGAACCAAGCCGAGCGCCACCGCCACCACCACCUCUACCAAGCCGAGGCAUACCGGCGGCGAUCGUUUCCCCGUCCACUCUGAUCUCCCCUUCGACUUCCGAUACUCCUACUCUGAGACGGACCCCUGCCUCCGGCCGCUAGGGUUCCGGGAACCGCCGAGGUUCUCCCCCUUCGGCCCCGGCCGGCUCGAUCGGACCUGGAACGGGGUUUCAGCGCCGGCGCCGGCGGAGGAGAAGCCGGCGGCGGAGCGAGCGGCGGUGCUCGGUGCGCCGCUCACCGAGUCGGAGAUCGAAGAGCUCGUGGAGAGGUACAGGCACAGCGACUGCUCUCGCCAGAUCAAUUUAGGUCAGGAUCUUCGUCCUCAUCGUCUUCCUCCUUUUCCCGUGGGUUCCUCCUCUUCUGACGCCUCCCUCUCUUCUUCCUUCCUGCGAUUUCAGGAAAGGGAGGAGUGACUCACAACCUGCUGGAUGAUAUCCACAACCACUGGAAGAGGGCCGAAGCUGUGAGGAUCAAGUGCCUCGGCGCGCCGACGCUGGACAUGGACAACGUCUGCUUCCACCUCGAGGUGCCAGGAUCGAGUUGCAGAGAUCUUCAAUGAUCCAGGUUCCAUGUCUUCAAACUUGCUGAAAUGGUUCGGGAGACUCAUUCGCAGGACAAAACCGGGGGGAAGAUAAUCUACCGGAGAAUCAACAUCCUCCUUCUGUACCGGGGCAGGAAUUAUGACCCCAGAAGGAGGCCCGUAGUGCCAUUGAUGCUGUGGAAACCUCGUGCUCCGAUUUACCCGAGGCUGGUGAAGAACGCCGCCGAGGGCCUCACCUUUGAGGAGACGAAGGAGAUGAGGAGCAGAGGCCUCAAUUCUCCUGCUUUGAUGACAUUGAGUAAUCUUCCUACUCUUGUUCUUGCCUGCUCCGCCAUGACCGACCCAUCUAAGAUGACACUUUCACAUACAAAAAUGGAUUCUAUAAUUCUUUUUCCUUGAUCUUGAAAUCAUUACCUCACUGAUCAGUCACCGAAUCAAAGAUGAUCUGCCGGAAACUUGUCAAACUAAAAUAUGAUUAAAAAUUACAAUUAGAUUCUCUGCAGUCCCUUUUUGCUUUCAUGCUAUUAAAAAAUAAAUAAAUUAUGGCAAAGAGUCACCAAGUAGUUAUUUCAUCAACGGGCGUUUGUGACAUAAUCUUAGUUUAGAUACAUCUGCAUUCCUUCUUCUUUUUUUUUUCAUUUCCAUGAUGUUAACUGCUGAAAAUAUAUAAUAUUUAGCUUAAGGCUGAGAACCUUUUAUGCUAUACAAUGAUUAUUAGAAUAAUAAUUAUGAUUUUUAUAGUAAAGUUCAUGUCGGCCAUGUCUUUGAGCUUUCUGGUAACGAAUCUAAUGAAUUUUCCCCCAAAAAUGUCCAGCUAGGAAUGGAGUGUACGUCAGUGUGGUGGAAAAGGUCAGGGAGGCCUUCAAAACUGAAGAGGUGGUCAGAUUAGACUGCAGCUCUGUGGAGACCAGUGACUCCAAGAAGAUUGGAGUUAAGCUGCGGGUAAAAUGCUUUUCGUGAAGGACCCUUUUGAUCUUUCCCAGUGAAUGAGAGUUUCAUAUAUAUAUAAAAUGUAUGAAAUCCUAAAUAUGAAUGUCCAGGUCUACAGAAAGACAGAACUCUCUGUUAUGAUCUCAUUAACUAAUCUGUUCAUUAAUCUAGGACUCGAGAAUCUUUAUCAAAAAUAUACAUGCUAUUUGGUCGACCCAUUUUGAAACUAUGCUGGAAACCAUUCAUUAUAUGUUGAUUAUUUUUAGAAUGUUUGGCCCUAUCCUGUUCUUUCUUGGGUUGGACCAGGGCGAUGCCAGGAUCAAGCCCUGAAGGAUCUCAGCUAUUUUGUGCACAAAAACCUGUAGAUGAUGAUCUUUUCCCAAUGUUAAAUAUUUAAUUUUUUUUCUGAUAUCAUAUUAUUGAUAUCUUUACCAUGUUAUCGACACAUCUUUCCCCAUUUGGUUUCGUUUCCUCAGGACUUGGUGCCUUGCGUGCCUAUUCUAUUUAAGAAAGGCCAGAUUGUGAUUUGGCGAGGGAGGCAGAAGCAGAGCUCUGUGGAUCACCAAGAACCCCAGGAUCAGGCCUGA